AUUCAGAGCUUGAAAUCGACAUGUCCUUGAAUAAUCAGUUAUUCGCCUUACUGCUAAUAUCGCUUUUUUUUCCAUACGGCAGCUUGGUAUCAAAACCUGCCGAACUGGGCGCCUAUUGUAAAACUUCACGCUGCGGCCUUAAGAACUUGGCAUGCAGGAAUUCAAGAAACUUGAGCAUAACUUGCGCGCCUGGCUCUAAGGUGGUUAGCUUGUCACCCUACAGAGAGCAUCUGUUGCAUCAGUUCAACAGUUUUCGCAAUAAAGUAGCCGCUGGCUAUACGCGCACAUUGUUUCCAGCCGGACGAAUGGCCCGUAUGGCAUGGUCUACAGAGCUGGAAAACUUUGCGAAAAUGUAUAUUAAGAAAUGCGUUUUUAAUCCGCGACCCUGCAUGGCCUCGGUACAGUUUACAGCCAUUGGCAGCAUAUACGAUGGGCUCUCCUACUCGGGUAGCCAAAAAUCGCAUAAAAUUCCUGAAAUCACGGAGGAGUUGCUAAAUGGAUGGUUUGAAGAUGCACGUUUUGUGACAAGGGAAUUGUCGCUGCGUUUGAGAAACGAAUUUACUCGACCAACUGUACGUCAAGCCGUGUUGCUAAUGGCGGACCGCAACACACAUGUAGGCUGCAGUGCAUUGAGAUUGUCAAAUGGCAUGGUCAAUCAGUUUUUUAUAGCCUGCACCUUUGCCACCGACAACAUAUUGAAUAAGCCCAUAUACAAGGUAAGGGCUACGGCCGGCAGUCUGUGCAAACAACGCGACAGUACUUAUAAGAAUCUGUGCGCACUUGGUGAAGUUUACAAUAACCAGCGCGAAUACAAGCCUGGCGAGCUGCUCCCAUCUUCCUCGGAGCUCUUUUCAGAGGUUGAGAUGUAACGAGCAAGUCCAAUUAAAUAAAAUGCUU